AUGGCUCCCAAGUUACCUCAACCCCCACGGUUCUACUGUGCAAUGUUGUUGGUCGUUGCCCUAGCUUGCGUCUAUGGAGUCUCGACGGCUACAAACCAAACCAUGGGAUCUCAGACGCCACUUCAUGCUCUCGGUCUUGACCAAUCGCGUAUCCGAGUCUACCGGCACCUACGGGCAGGCGAAGGCGCCAGCUUCGAAGAGAGGCUGUUCGAAAACAUUCCCAAGCUGAUGGAGAAGCUAAAGCCAGACAAACAAAAGGCAGCAAACAAGUACUUCGCCAAGCUGAAACUUGGCAAACCUACCUUCAACCUGUUCGACGACCCUGCAUUCCAGAAGUUCGAGCGCUUCAUGGCUAAGUCUUACAAGAAAACGCCAGACGCAGUGGAUGCAGCGAUGCUAUCAACGUUGACAACUCAAUACGGAGAUGAAGCUGUGGCCCAGAUGCUCGUAGCCGCCAGAAGUUCCACUCUUGCUACCAAACUGGAGGGAGUCCAGUUCUCCAAUUGGAUUCGCCAGGAAAAAACGGCGGACGAUGUGUUCAAGUUGAUGAAGCUGGACCAGGAAGCGGACAGCAUACUGGAGAACCCCAUCUUGAAGCGGACGCUCUAA